CUCAAACUCACACCGCUAUUAGCUUCUCUAAUCUAAUUGAAGAUAUAUAUGGAGGCAAAGGGCAUAGCAGUAACGCAGAAAGCGGUGGAGGAUCUCGAUCCUGUGAAGAAGCCAAUAAAGAGGAACAAGUAUGCUUUCGCCUGUGCAAUAUUGGCUUCCAUGACUUCCAUCUUACUUGGUUAUGACGUAGGGGUGAUGAGUGGAGCAGUGAUAUACAUAAAGAGAGACCUCAAAAUCUCAGACGUGCAAAUAGAGAUACUGAUGGGAAUAAUAAACCUCUACUCUCUAGUAGGAUCAUGCCUUGCUGGCAGAACCUCUGACUGGCUCGGAAGGCGAUACACCAUUGUGCUAGCCGGAGCCAUCUUCUUCACUGGAGCCCUACUCAUGGGAUUCUCCCCCAAUUAUCCCUUUCUCAUGUUCAGCCGCUUUGUCGCCGGAAUCGGCAUCGGCUACGCCCUCAUGAUUGCUCCUGUCUACGCUGCCGAAGUUGCCCCCGCGUCUUCUCGUGGCUUCCUCACCUCCUUCCCUGAGGUGUUCAUCAACGGAGGGAUAUUACUAGGCUACAUUUCAAACUAUGCAUUUUCCAAGCUUCCACUGCACUUGGGAUGGCGACUCAUGUUGGGAAUCGGUUCUAUUCCAUCCGUGAUCCUGGCCGUCGGAGUCUUAGCCAUGCCGGAAUCACCUCGCUGGCUCAUCAUCAGAGGCCGAAUCGCCGACGCACGCAACGUUCUCAACAGAACCUCCGACUCCCCUGAAGAGGCUCAGCUCAGGUUAGCCGAGAUCAAAGCCGCAGCCGGAAUACCCGAAUCAUGCGACGACGACGACGUUCACGUCACCAAGAAAAGAGAUGGUGGAGGCGUCUGGAAAGAGCUAUUCCUAUAUCCUACGCCGGCGGUGCGCCACAUCCUCAUCGCGGCGCUCGGGAUUCACUUCUUUCAACAAGCUUCGGGAAUAGACGCAGUCGUUUUGUACGGACCAACCAUUUUUCAGAAGGCUGGGAUCGAUUCAGAUACGGAGAAGCUUCUUGCAACGGUGGCCGUUGGAUUCACGAAGACGGUAUUCAUCUUAGUUGCUACGUUCUUGUUGGAUCGGGUGGGGCGUCGGCCGUUAUUGCUGACCAGUUCGGGCGGUAUGAUAAUCUCGCUUUUCACGCUCGCCACAAGCCUCACCAUCGAUGACCGGUCCAAUAAAAAGCAAAUGUGGGCCGUUGGAUUGAGCAUCGCAAGCGCCUUGUCCUACGUGGCAGUGUUCUCUAUCGGAGCGGGGCCCAUUGCAUGGGUUUAUAGCUCUGAGAUCUUCCCACUGAGGCUGCGCGCUCAGGGUUCGGCCAUGGGAGUUGUGGUGAACAGGGUCACAAGUGGCGUUAUCUCAAUGUCCUUUUUGUCCCUCUCUAAGGGAAUAACCAUUGGUGGGGCCUUCUUCCUCUUUGCUGCACUUGCAACAAUUGGAUGGAUCUUCUUCUAUACAAUGCUACCCGAAACACAGGGCAAGACCCUUGAAGAAAUGGAAGGCUCUUUUGGUCAUUUCUGGGCAAAGUCCAAGCACAACGAUAGUGACCAAAUUCAAUUGGCCAAUUAGGAGCCAGUGACCGAAUCGAACUGUUGGAGGCAAUCUGAUAAGAUCCAACAAGGCAUACGCACCUUAUUCCUUUGUCUUAGAUUGGCUUUUCAAAUGUUAAACGACGAUUGAGCCACAUCAGUUAGCAACGCAUGUUAUGUAUGCGAAGGAAUACGAUAUACCUUUCUAGUUUCUAGUUUCUGAGAUAAAGAAUAAACGAUGAUUGAGCCACAUCAGUUAACAACGCAUGUUAUGUAUGCGAAGGAAUACGAUAUCCCUUUCUAGUUUCUAGUUUCUAGUUUCUGAGAUAAAGAAACGGUCUGUGUUUUAACCUCUUAUGUGAAUAUAGUCAAUGAUGCCAA